CAGGCCACGUUCUGGCUUUGCGCAUGCCCAGGAAGACCCCGCCAAGCAGGCCCCAAGGGUUGUCCCUGGCUCGCUGUAGCCCGAAGCCCGAAGCCCGAAGCCCGAAGCCCCGGACCACGGUCAAGACCUAGCCCGGCUCCCUCCCUACCUCCACCCGGCCAGCCCAGGUCCCUAAAUGCCCUGAGGCCCCACAAUUAUCAGUAGCUCCAGGCCGACCUCCCCACACAUUGGUCCCCAGAAGCUCCGCCCCUUGGUCUGGAGCGCGUCACUGGACUCCCCGCCUGCUCCCUCCCCUUCCGUGUUUUGGUGGCGUCCAGGCCCCGCCCUACAGCGCUACCAUUGGCUGAGAGAAGCCCAGAAGCUGGUCUCUAUUGGCUUUCGCUGGCCGUCACUCACGCGUGUCCCCGCCUGGAGUUGGCUGGAAGUGGGAGAGGAACAGAGAGACCUGGGAGCGGAGGGCACGUGUGGCAGUCAUGCCACCCCCUACAAAGGUUCCCCGAAGGGAGGCCCUGGUGCUACAGUGUGAAUGGGGAUCCUGUACCUUUGUGGCCUCAGCUGUGGAAGAGUUCUGUGAACAUGUCACACAGCAUCUUCAGCAGCAUCUCCAAGGCCCUGAGGAAGAAGAUGAGGAUGAGGUAGACCCACUUGCUGAAGAGUACUCCUGUUUGUGGCAAGAGUGUGGCUUCUGCUCCCCGGACAGCUCAGCUGACUUAGUCCGUCAUGUCUAUUUCCACUGUUACCAUACCAAGCUGAAGCAGUGGGGACUUCAGGCUCUGCAAGGCCAGGCCGGACUCAGCCACUGCCUACUGGACUUCCAAAGCCGAAACAUGAUCCCUGACAUUCCUGACCACUUCUUGUGCCAGUGGGAGCACUGUGAGAGCUCUUUUGACAAUCCAGAAUGGUUCUACCGGCAUGUGGAGGCCCAUAGUCUAUGCUGUGAAUACAAGGCAGCCAGCAAGGAGAACCAUGUGGUGCCUUGUGGUUGGAAAGAUUGCAACUGUACCUUCAAAGGCCGCUGUAAAUUGAGAGAGCAUCUUCGAAGCCAUACCCAGGAGAAAGUGGUGGCCUGCCCCACCUGUGGUGGCAUGUUUGCCAAUAACACCAAGUUCUUUGACCACAUCCGGCGCCAGACAUCACUGGACCAGCAGCGAUUCCAAUGUUCCCAUUGUUCCAAGAGAUUUGCCACUGAACGACUAUUGCGGGACCACAUGCGCAACCAUGUAAAUCACUACAAGUGCCCUUUGUGUGACAUGACCUGCCCACUACCCUCUUCUCUCCGAAACCACAUUCGUUUCCGACAUAGUGAAGAUCGGCCCUUUAAGUGUGACUACUGUGACUACAGUUGCAAGAAUCUGAUUGACCUUCGAAAGCACCUGGACACUCAUAGCAAGGAACCCGCCUAUCAUUGCGAGUUUGAGAGUUGCAACUUCAGUGCUCGAUCUCAUUGCUCCAUCAAAUCCCAUUACCGAAAAGUACAUGAAGGUGACUCUGAGCCAAGAUACAAGUGUCACGUGUGUGACAAGUGCUUCACUCGAGGCAAUAACCUCACUGUCCACCUCCGAAAGAAGCAUCAGUUCAAGUGGCCCUCAGGGCAUCCCCGUUUCCGGUACAAGGAGCAUGAGGAUGGUUACAUGCGCCUACAGCUGGUCCGCUACGAGAGUGUGGAGCUGACUGAGCAGCUACUGAGGGAACGAGAAGAGCAGGGGGCUCCUGGGCCAGGGGCAGCACUGACUGAAGGCAGCCUGCAAGGUAUUCUCCUAGAGCCUGGGCCUGAGGAGGAGGAGGAGGAGGAAGAAGAAGAAGAGGAGGCAGAGGUGGAGGAGAGUGAAGAGGUGGCCCCUUCAGCAUCUGCCUCCCAGGACUCUCCUAGCCCUGUCAUUCAUGUGUUGAACAGGACCAAUUCCCAAGGCGAGCAUGAGACAGUCUAUUAUGUCCUGGCCUCAGCCCCUGGAGUUCAGCCCCCAGGGCCAGGAGAGGGAGCUCCUGACCCUGAUCCCCCUGAUGGCAUCAUGGAGAAAUUGCACAGGACAGCUGAGGAGCUGGGAAUCUUGCUAGAGUGAGGGGCUCAGGGGCCCACUCCCUUCAGAGUCUAGCUGAGCCAUUGUUUUCCCACCCUGGAUUUGAGAUCCGCUCUUCUGUUUUUUAUUUUAUUUUAUUUUGCUCUCCUCACAUCUCUCUGCUAUGACCCAUUCUUAAAAAAAAAAAAAGGGGCCUUCUGAACCACCCUUGGUAACAAGUGUGAGGGGUAGUAUUAUGAGUACUGUGUGGUAAGGGGAGAAGUCUCUUAGCCUAAGAGCCAAACCUGAGAGGAAAGGGUCAUCUGGGAGUGGGAGGAAGCUAUUCAGGGGAUACUUUUGAGAGACCAAUGUUUGGGUUAUCCUGACCCUAAGGAUAAGAGACAUCUCUUUCAACUCUGACUGCAAAACAGUCCAUGGUUUAGAGCAGUCUCACCAGGAAGCUGGCCCAUGGACAGUGCGGCAGCAGCUCUGGAAAUCUCCCCAAGAUUUGGGUCCUUGAUGGGUGGAAUGUUUUGGAGACAGAGGAGGAUCUCAGACUAAACUUCAAACCUCAAGUCUGCUGAACAUAGACAAUGUUCUUUAAGGGACUCUGAAUCAUCCUGAUUUCCUGGGACUGUCAACCCUGGGUGUCUAAGGCCAUUCCCCAUUUCUUAAGGCCUCUAUCAUUUAAUUUAGCCCCCAUUCCCAGGCCAAAAGGCUUCAUCCUGGAUUCUAGGCCCUUCCCCCAUCCCUGCGUGUGGGUUACUCUCAGGAACAAGAUUAGGGGAAGCAUUGAUGAGGGGUGCCGAAUAUCAAUAUGAUUGUAUAAUGAUUUUUUUCCUCUUGGCAAUAAACACAUUAUGCCUGU